CAUCAGCUUCCAGAAACUUACGGUUUUGGCUCCUGAACUUUAUCAGCGGUCCCAGCAUCACGUCACAAUCACAAAUUUCCAGUCACGGUCAGUACCGGAGAAAUGCCCAGCUGAGGGCAGCAGACGUCCGCGGACGCCCCGCUCUGGGGCAGUAGCAGGGCAUGCAUGCAGAGAAGAGAAGCGGCGCUUUGUUCCCGUCGGAAGCCCGCUGCGGAUCUGCCCGUCGGAGAGAGAGAGGGGGGCAGCGAGAGAAGGGGAGAGAGCGCAAGGGCGACUGGAUAACGGCGCGGGGCUGGGUUUUUAAGGGAUGUGCAGACGCUGACGACGGGCAAUGAGGAUCAGGGUUGUCCUUCUCAAGGGGGCUGCGGAGGAUUUUUGUAUAUACAUAUAACUGGGGAUGCAGCAUAACAAGACGCAGUAUCUUGCCACCGUAGAUCAAAAUGCAUCCCCCUUUGCUUUAGCGGUCACAAAGAUUGCUUGAUGAUGGCGUAUUUUUGCUCAGCCAACUAAAAUCCUGUGCAUUUCAUCAAAACGGGAGUGGGCUCUGCUGAAAACCAAGGAUUUUGUCCGUGUCGACGAAAAUAAUUCCUGGACUCAAAUUCCGAUUCCCAUUUUUUUACAUGGAAAACAAAAAAAUCAAAUCGCUCCAAAAUUAAACAGCCGAUGUGGACUUUGCCAUUUUUGAAGACUACCUUCACCGAUACAUAUUUCAAUGACUUUGAAUGCUUAAUUAAAUAAUAUCAACCUCUUCGGUAAUGAUGUUUGUGAGAUGGCAUAGGAGCAAGUUGUCUGUAUCUGUGGCACUGUGUGUCAUCGUGCUGUGCUGGAUGUACAAAUACCCGGUGUACAGGUUCCCGAGCGAUAAGGAGAUUGUAAAUAAAGUCUUACAGCAGGGACAAACAUGGAAGAAAAACGAAACAAGCAUCCAUUUAUUCAGAGAGCUGCUGAAAGAAUGCUGUGACCCCCGGAACAUGUUUGCCGUGACUAAGGAGAACACUGGCCUGGGGACGGUGCUGUGGUACGAUGGAGAGCUAUUCUACUGGCAUACAGUGAAUAAUGACACCUAUUCCCUUUUUGUACAAGAGACGCCGUUGCAGCUCCCGCUGAAGAAGUGCUCCGUCGUUGGCAACGGCGGGGUCCUGAAGAGGAGCGGCUGUGGCAAGGAUAUCGACCAGGCCGACUUCAUCAUGAGGUGUAACCUUCCUCCGCUGUCUAAGGACUACACAGCAGACGUGGGGACCAGGACACACUUGGUGACAGCAAACCCCAGCAUCAUUGAGAAAAGAUUCCAGAACCUGCUGUGGUCGCGGAAGUCUUUCGUGGAGAGCAUGAAGUCCUACGGGUCUAGCUACGUCUACAUGCCGGCCUUCUCGAUGAAGCCGGGCACGGACCCCUCGCUGCGGGCCUACCACGCCCUCGCCGACAGCAGCUCCAACCUGACGGUGCUCUUCGCCAACCCAGACUUCUUGAAGAGCGUGGGCAAGUUCUGGAAGGGGCGCGGCGUGCGUGCCAAGCGCCUCUCCACGGGCCUCUUCUUGGUCAGCUUGGCGCUGGGGCUGUGCGAGGAAGUCACCAUCUACGGCUUCUGGCCCUUUUCUUUGGGCCUGAGCGACGACUUCGUCAGCCACCACUACUACGACAACGUCCUGCCUUUCACUGGCUUCCAUGCCAUGCCUGAGGAAUUCCUGCAGCUGUGGCAUCUGCACAAGAGCGGCACGCUGCGAAUGCAUGUGGGCGACUGCUCCAGCGGGGGCGGCGGAACACAGGUCACGCCAGAGAGAGGAAGAGAGUGAGCAGGACCCCCCCCCCCCCCCGUUACAGCCCAACAGCUGGAAGUGACCAUGACAAAUCUGCAUGGUGUGCCUGCCGUCUCUCUCUCUCUCUCUCUCUAUUUCAUUUUGCAGGCUUGGGUUGUGUUUCACCAUUAAUGCAAUAACAGGCAGGCAUGACCGCCGCCACCAACCCCUGGGUGAAGCCAGAGGGAACAGCAGACUUUCAAAACAGCCAAAAACCAGUAGUAAUAGAUAAACAAUGGAGAAUUAAAGAUUACAUCCAGGGCAAUGCUUCACACUGAGGAGUCUCCUCUUCGAUGACUGAAGUCAGUCGAUCUAGAAGACGGGAGGCAAGAAAAAUGUAUUUGCUACAGAAAAUGCUGCGGUGAAUAUUUUCGGUUACAUUAUGGCCAUUUUUAGCAAGUAUUUAACUUUAUUUAAGUACAAGACCCCUAAGGUUUCAAGUUGAAGAUAAAUUGCUGUUAUAUUUAGAUUUGCUGCAGUAUUUUUAUUUAACUUAUAAGGGACCAGGUUGCCAUGUACACAAAGAAUUCACGAAGAAAAAAAAAAAAACUUAAGAAGUGUUGUUAAUUAGCUAUGGGCUAACCACCCAAGCCACCGACUUCCCGGCUCAUGAAGGAGGACAUCUGUACUUCACUGGGGGGUUUUGUGAGGUAUAGGUGGAGACCUUACCGAGAUUGUGCCAAACAACGUGAGCGGGGAAGGCGUGACGACACGUCUGUCCACCUGCCGUGCUCAGGUGCAGGUCACCUGUCCACGCAACAUGAACGCACGACAGCCGUGCACAAUGCCUACUUGGAGUCAGUAUGUGUGUCUGUACGGUGCUUUUUAUGUCAUUUUAUGUGUUACUGUACGAGCAUCACAGUAUGUUCAGCGUAAUUUUACCCCUUGUGUUUUGUGUGGUUGGGCCAUUUGGUAACAGGAAGGUGAUGUUUUGCAAGUGACGUAACAUGUUCAGAAAACCAUUUAACGAUAAUGAACAAGUAAUUUUCCAUGACAAACCAAGUCAUCACAGUAAUCGUUAAAUAAGCUAAAUGAACCAUAAACACGCAGCCAAACCUGUAAGUGGAAUCAAGCUUUUCUCCUGGUUUGGAUACGGAUGCUGUGGUAUGUUAAAUGCCCUUAUCACUUGAAAGCCUUGUAUAGUACAAAAUACACAAAAACAAUGUCUCUGUAUUGAGAAAGAAAUUUUCCACUGGGACUGUUUAAUUCAUGCUCUGUAUCUAAUUUAGGACCCUAGAGUCUGGUGUUUUACAAUGCUGCCUUCUUUCUUCACUGGGUCCGUAAGCACUCACCACCACAUCGGCCUCUCUCAGCGAUAGGCCUCAGACGGCCUCUGCGUGUUCUGCUGUUAAUGGCGGUGUGGAGGUGGACGUUCGUGCGUCACGGGUGCAAAGCCUCGUUCCUCCUUCUCGCUGGACACCACAGCAGCUCCAGGUUCCCCUCAAGGUGAAUGGCGGGGGGGGGGGGGGGGUUGUCAGUUAGAGACAUUUCAUUAUAUCCUCUCACCUGUGUUUCUUUUCAAAAAAAAGGUUGAGUGCCUUUUCAUUGUCAAGACGUAAUACUUUAUAGAGGCAGAAUGUAAUUUUAUAGAGUUCCAGAAAGUUUAUGUUGUUAAAUCGAUUGGAUCUUAUUUUUUUUUUCAUUUACUGUUAACUGUUAUUUCAUACACUUGAUUUCUGAGCCAUAUUCAGUAGAACCUACUCAAAAGCUACUGGUUUUACUGUUGUACUUCUUGGGGUGUUUUUUCUUUCUGGAAUUCAGGAGACUCAUCUUGUGCCACUUGUAGAGCACAUUUUACCAAAAAGCCUAGCAGUAUAUUUUAUGUCAAAGACAAUGAGGUGUGAAUAAUGAAAUAAUUGCCCCUAAGUACUCAAUCUGGUAAAAUAAUAAACCUUUUGUGAGUCGUCUUAAUUGUGUCCGCCGCUUGGGUAUGUCAAUGUAGAGAAUAGCGCUUCUGUCAUGAUGGUUUACAAUGGGACGCUGUGAAUGAGUGUCUCAGUCGCAUGUCUGUGGUUGUAGUGAGCCAGUCAGCUUUCCAUCACGAUGGAGGGCACUGCUUGUCUACAAGAAUCAUGUUUAAAUAAAAGAGAAAAAUGUGUCAAAGUUUUCUGGAUGCCAGUGGAAUUGUCCAGAAAAGAAAAUAAAAACAAUGCAUUUGUGAUGUUAAAA